CCAACCUCCUCUUCUCCUCAGCCUCUACUUUGUGCAUUUUAACCCCCUCACAUCCUCCACCAGAGGGAUCUGGCCCAUUAGUUAGCCACCUUGUUUUAAAGGCGCAAUCAUCGCCCCGAAGAACGGAGCGUGAAAUCCCUCAAUCGCACAUCAUCCGACUCGGAACACGACUGCCGCCCUCCAUCAGAACCACACUUCCUCCGUGCCAAUACCCACCGGGGCCUAUAAAACCCUCUCCCCCAGAAAGAGGGUCAAAGAUCUUUCAUCUUAUCUGAUGUGCUGAUUCAUCUGAUCCCCGCGACAAGCCUCUGAUGGCAGUAACAGCAUGGUGGUGUUUGUCGACCUAGAUCACGAUGACUCCUUCUCCGAGCAUCAUCAUCAUGGAUCGGCGCUCUCUUUGGGGAAGCCCUUCCCGCCCAAACUGACGGUCGCACCCAUUGUAACCGCCGAGUCGUCUGAACUUUUACCGUCGCCUACUUCGUCUGAGGACGACCGCGAGCUAGAUUCAGCGAUUUCCCAACCAAAUCAUGCGCCGGAUGUCGAGAAUCCUAAUCUGAAUUCCUUCUCGGCCGCAUUGAGUUGCUACCCCAUCGUCAAGGAAAUCGCUCGCGCCGUUGACCUGAAUACCCUCGACGCUCUAUCUCGAACAUGUCGCCAAUUCCACGCCAAUCUGGCACAGUUUCGGCACCAGCUCGUGCGGGAGACUUUGCGCUGCGAGAAUGAGUAUAUCGAGACUGUGGCGGAGAUGCUAGACAGGAGUGCUAUUAUCCCGAACAGUGUCAAAUCGGUGCUACAGCUGCUAAGCCAGAGCAGUGGCGAGUCAGGGCGUAUGACACGCGGGAAGGUGGGUAGAUGCGCACGAGACAUGGUCGGCGAGUGUCGACGCUGCAGCAAGGUCGUGUGCAGGAAUUGCACGAUCAAACCUCCCUCCCAGACCGCUAUGAAGGGUCGCAUCCGUCGUCUUUGUCGGCCCUGCGGCAAAGCACCACUUUCCUGCCACCUCUCCAAUACACCCCACAACAUGGACUCCCUUGAUACCUGCAACCAAGCCACCGUGGCGGACGAAAUCGCACGCAGCGCCGGAAUAUGCAAUUGCAACGAUGCUUUAUGGCUAUGCCAACAAUGCGGGCAGACCCUACGCAGCAACGACACCACAUACCGCCGUGUCUGGGCCUGGCGCACCCGAUACAGCACGUACCUCGGUGGCGGGCUCGGCACUGGCAUUGGCGAGGGCUCCCAGGGCGUGAAAUGCGGCCGUGGCGAAGCUUGUCUCGCCGCGAAAGAGAUCGAGCUAGAGGUUGACUGCGAAGCGGACGAAGGGCCGAGUGAUACUAGUAGUCCCGGCCACAGCCCUCCCAGCCACCCAUCAUAUCACCACGAGCUGGUCUCGACAGAUAGUCAUGAUGACGAAGAACCGGGGUAUUUCCGACAGGAAGUCAUUGGCUUGGGUGGGCUGAUGAAACACAAGGCUAAGAAACGGGUUAUGGUGGGUGCUUGUGUCGUUGAGUAUGAACACGAGCGGGAGACGGGGAGGUAUCUUAUGCGCGAGGAGAGUGGUCUGCAUCGGGCGUGGUGUGGAUGGUGCUCGAGGGUAAUUCCGGCGUAUAAUGAGAAAGUGCUCGGGUAAUGGUAAUGAGCUGGGCAUAUAGCUUGCAUGGGCAUCAUUAUGGUUCAUUGCAUUACGGCAUACUCUACACAUGAUGACGACGAGUGUAUAUACGGGCAUUACAGUUGCACAACGUAGUUAACGAAUGAAUGUGCAUUGUCGAGAGAG